ACAGAGCCCCCAGACGCAGGGCUUGACAACUCAUCAGUUCACCUUGUAAAAGGAAAAACCCAACUCCACUGGCUGCCAUGGUGUGCGUCAAUCUCCCGGGGAUUCAUCCAUCAGCCGACUCACUGCCCUGGCCACUGCGACCAGCGUCUGACCUGUCCUUUGGGUCAUGAAUUAUCUCGGGCAGUUACUUUUUUCAUGCCAGAUUUAGAAAUUUCCCCGUUAUUCUCCUUUGAUCCAUUCUGUCCACUAGGCAAUAUGAUGGCAAAUUUAUUGUCGGUCUGUUCUGCUGUCUUGGGGAAUGACAUCAAUGCAAAGUGGCUAUUUGGGCAUCGUGGCCAAUAAUGCCAUUUUGGGGGGCUGGGGGGCAGGAUGACAUUGACGAGGUGACGGGACCUUAUAUAAAGGGGGAUGUCGAGAGAGAAAGAAAAUUCGAGUUCCGAUUCCUCUCCUACAGCAGCCAAGGAGGACGAGUCCUCAGCUUGCAGUCGGCAUGUACAAGCUAAUAUUCUCCUGGGUAUUUUUUGUCGGCUUCUUAAGCCCGCUCUUGUCUCUUCCCGUCAUCGAUUCCAGCGAAAUGGUCUAUCGGCUCUCAGCAGAUGAUGAGGAUACAAGGCUGAUGUUGGAAGACCUGGGCAGAGCUUCCAUCCUGAAGACAUUGCCAGAGAUUUUGGAUGCAGAAAGAGAGAAGGAUUCCAGGAAAUUUGAUCUAAGCUCUGCUGUGUUGGACCAGAAGGAAAAUGGGAAGAAGGCUUUCUAUGAAAAAGACCCCAAAAUCUCACUCCUAGGUCACCUUCUGGCUGGAACCAGGAAACAAUUUAAAAAACGCGGGCCCCCUUCUGAAUGCUUCUGGAAGUAUUGUGUAUAAAGCGAGGUAGCUUUUCUCCCCAACUGCUUAAUUUAUCCUAUUUAUGACCCCCUUGGAAAUUGUAAAUAAAGUUGUUUGGUUUAAAAGUAAUGGCUUUAAAACCCCCAAGUACAUAAUUUUUAUUAUUUAAAAAUAAAUCCUCUGUUUUGCAAG